GGGGCUAUAGGAGGGCGUGACCGAGCUUCCCCGCCCGCCCCGUCCAGUCCCUUCUCAGUCCUCCCGCGCGAGUCCCGCGGCAGCCCCAACGGCCCCUCAGAGGCGGCUGUACGGAGCCCCAACGGUCGGACCGACGGACAGGCCCCGGAGAGCAGCAGGGCCGAUGGACGCCUUCAGCACCAAGAGCCUGGCCCUGCAGGCCCAGAAGAAGCUCCUGAGCAAGAUGGCGUCCAAGGCCACGGUGGCCGUGUUCAUCGACGACACGAGCAGCGAGGUGCUGGACGAGCUGUACCGCGCCAUCAAGGAGUUCACCCGCAGCCGCAAGGAGGCCCAGAAGGUGCUCAAGAACCUGGUCAAGGUGGCGGUGAAGCUGGGCGUGCUGCUGCGCGGCGGCCGGCUGGGCGGCGAGGAGCUGGCGCUGCUGCAGCGCUUCCGCCAGAGGGCGCGCUGCGCGGCCAUGACCGCCGUCAGCUUCCGCCAGGUGGAGUUCACCUUCGACCGGCGCGUGCUGGCCGCCGCCCUGCACGAGUGCCGGGACCUGCUGCACCAGGCCGUGGGCGCGCACCUGACCGCCAAGUCCCACGGCCGCAUCAACCACGUCUUCGGCCACUUGGCCGACUGCGACUUCCUGGCGGCGCUCUACGGCCCCGCCGAGCCCUACCGCUCCCACCUGCGCCGCAUCUGCGAGGGCCUCACCAGGAUGCUGGACGACGGCAGCAUAUGACCUAUGACCUCGGGGAUGGGUUUCCUGUGGGGGCGGGGGCGGGACGACGCCAGAACCUCCUUUCUCCCAUCCAGUUCCGGCCAAACCGUCCCUUUGGAGAGGAUGCUAUUCUGUGGGAGGCAGUGGCUUUAAGGACUCUUGUCGCCUCCCCAUCCACCCCGUCUCCGGAGGAGAAGAGCUCAGCCUGCCAGCCUGCGGCCUCCCGGGGCACCCCAAGACUGCUGCCUGCCCUGGCCUGCCUGACCUGACCCACGCCACCCCUCCAGCCACCAGAGGCCCCAGAAGUUGGCAUUUGCCACUUAAUGACGUGAAGGGUCAUGGGGAACCAGAAGAAAGGGAGUGUUACAGGGUGAGUUGCAUCUCCCCAGAUUCUUUGAAGUUGUAGCCCCCAGGACCUUUGAAUGGGACCUUCUUGGGGAAUAGGGUCAUUGCAGGUAUCAUUAGUUAAGAUGAGGUCACACUGGUAUAUGGCUGGGCCCCCGGUCCUUGUAGGAAGGGGAACUUUUGAAACUGGGGGAGCUGCCUGGAACAGCCCAGCCGACACCCGGAUUGCAGGCUUCUGGCCUCCAGAACAAGAGGGAACACCUUUCUGUUGCUGCCACUGCUGGGCCGGGGGCACUCGGUUCCAGCAGCCCCAGGAGCACCAGGAGCCCAGGAGACCGUUGAGGGGGGUCUGCUGUCAGCAAGGAUGCCUUGAUGGGGCUGGAAUCGCAGCCCAGACUCCCACGUGGGAGGGGACAGAGCAUGCUCCUGACUCGGGGCUCCAGGGUAAAGCCAUCUGUGACGCAUGCCCACUUGAAGAUGAUUAUCUCACAUGUUUGGCAGACCAACGGCAGCUGUGACCAGACCUCAGAAGGCAACGCUCCACGGAUUUUGGCUUUGGCGACACCGAGAGGAUGCCGUGAUGCUCCACUCAGGGUGCAGAUGGACGGGGGGGUGGGGUGGGAGGGUGGGGGGGCGUGGGAGUGUAGCUGCGUCCUAGCGGGCAGCAGGUGCGUCCUGGCAGGCCUGGGGAGGUUGUUCGGGGCACCUGCGGGGCAGGGGAGGGGGGAUGAGGUCUUCGGGGCAAAGUUUUCAAACGGGAGGCCUGCACACCUGACAAGACCGGUGUGGUGGGCCCCAUCCAUUGUUCGAGACACCAGCCAUUAAGGAAAGUGCACGUAACCAUCUAGACAUGGGAUUUUUCCCGGACACUUGCCUGAGCCCGCACUGGCCGCCAGUGCUGCUGCAUCAACCUCGCCCCUCCGGCCCGCCAGUCCCCACCACGCCCUUUCACCUCCCCCUGGCCCCCUUCCCCAGGCUAACAGGCCACUCUUUAUCCAGGUGCGCCACAGCCUUUCUCUGGUUGGGUGUCUGCUUCCCUGAGAAAGCCAAGGUUCUCCCGCCGGAGACCCAGCUGUUCCCACCCCUGCCCCACCCCACUAAGGCAAACCAGUCCUCCCAUCUUCCGUUCGAGAUCAAACGUGCAUCCUGAGCACCUGAGAAGCCCCAGUGGAAAGCAAGCCUUUGUCCUGGGCUUUGCUCCCUGAACGCAUCCAUGUGCACAUCGCUUUGUGACUGGUGCCCCGGGGGGCUGUCUGGCCUGUCCUGACUCUUCGUAAAAUUUCGAGAUUUAAUUUAGAAAAACCAAAGAGCACUACCGAACUGUUUCAAUAAAAGCACACAUCUGUUUGCAUUAUGUGGGACUAGCGAGUAAAAUGCUGUUGCUAACAGCUUUCUCGUGCCCUUCCAGGGCUCCUGCUUUUCAAAAUGAGCUCGUGUGUAACAUCACACGUCACACGCCUGAGGUCCUCGCUGAGGUUCAAGGUCCGCUCCCCGGGGCCUGAGAGGGAGGAAGCUCGGGCCUGCAGUGCUUGGCUCCACGCACCCAAACGAGGGAGGGUUCGGCUUAGCUCAGUGAACAAAGACCCCAAGGCCAGGGUGGCUUCCCUUUUGAAUCUAGCAGAAAGAUCUAGAAAGAUGCCUGCAAAUGGCUGGUGGGGGCGAGGAUGACUAGUUUGCAUCCGGAUGUCCUGCCAUGUCCCAGGACACAGGAGCCACCAGCUCUGCAACCUCGAUGAGCCCCCAGGAUUCGGAAGCAGUCAGUGAUUCCAGGCUGACCGUGGACGCAUCGGUCUCUCCUGCCGGGGUCAGGCCCACGGGACCUGCAGGGACCCCAGGGGCCAUGUCACUCCCACCAGUUUCCUGCUGCCUUGUUUCCGCAGGUAGCCGCGGGCAGCCACCAUCUAUGGGGUGCUGUGGCGACACACCCUUCGGUUUUCCGUCCACUGAACCCCAAAACCGGAGCGACAAAGGCUCCGGACCCUCCCUGAAGUCCCCAUACCUGCCAGAUCUCAAAGCACAUCCGUUCUCGAGUGGGGCGAACCCCCUGUGGACGCAUGUGCCCUUGAGCUGGACAGUGAGGGAUGGGGGGGGGGUGUUCCUCCUGAGUAUCUCCAGGGCUGCGGGGGCCCCUGCCGCUGCCUCACGCUGUGAAAACCGCGGUCCUUCACACUCCCGUGCGCGUCUACGGGGCAGAGUCCCACUCCGCUUCCCACAGGUGUGCGAACUGGGGCAGGAACCCUCACACCUGCCUCUCUGGCAAGUGGGGUCAUGGCCGCGCCCAGGUCCUCGUGCUGGCAUGAAGGAGGCGGCCAGGCGAGUAAAAGGGGAGGGGGCCCUCCGUCGAUCCCACGCGGUGAUUCCGAUGAGCCAGGAUUCCGAUUCCCGGCCCAAGGCUUCUUUUCCAUCCGUCUGCUUGUGAGAAGGCCUGGUCGGAGGGCAGGGUGAGGGGCAAGCUGGGGUCAGGCUCCCAGGCCCCGCUGCUGGGAGAGCAGGACCUUCUGAGUGGCUGGGGCAUUUCGGGGUUUUAUCUGUUUGCCCGUGGGUGUUUGUGGUUGCUGCUGUUUUAAGUUGCGACCCGCAAUCCGGCUUCAGAAAGAGAAAGCCAAGCAGCCAGGUGCAGGAGAGGUCUGUCCCCAGCACUCCCCGCCCCCCAUGGGGGGGUGACCUGUGGGGUGGGGCUGGGCCUGCCCCAUGAGCUCAGGGAGAUCCAGGUUCACAGCCAACCGCCUUGGGACCCCGCGCGUUUGCUCCUUCAGAGGAAUCAUGCCUGGAGAU